CUACCAUGAGCAUCGCGGCUGUGCUCUCGCAGGCGCCGCUUGUCGCUCGCAUCACGAGCUUCCAGGAUGGCGUCUUCGCCGACGUCCGCAGCCGCUUCGUCGAGUUCCACCGAUGCGUGCGCUUUGCGAUGCGAUGGGUCGACCCAUACUGGUGCAUCGGCGAGUACGACGUGCCACGGGGCGUGCGCAGCCGGUCGGCGCCACACGCAGUGCUCUAUUCAAUGCAAGGUUCCGACUUGCACUUGCACUCGGACACUCGAGACCCGCGCUUCAUCUUGCAUGUGGCCAUCUACGAAGGCGACGCGGAUGCUGCCACGCGCAUGGCGACGUGCUGUCCACGCCUCCUCUCGGACGACGCAGUCGAAUUGGCCUUGACGCUCGACGAGCUUGCUAUCGCAAAAGCCCUCGUGCGUCUCCAUGGCCCAAGCUCUCGUGAUAGCGACUGGAUGGAAACCUUUGGCCGCUCGCUCUUGCCACGUAUAGUACGCCGAGGGUCCGUGCCCCACCUGGAGGUCCUCUGAGCCUUUUACCCGGGUGCGUGGCCGACAAAGUGCCUCCGCGUCGCGAUCAAGCACCAUGAAUUGUCGAGCGCGAUGUACCUCUACACGUCCUGCCCCGAGACGCAUGGCGAGGACGACCCGCUGACCUUUGCGCGUACCGUUGGCUUUUCCGCGUUCGUGCAACACGUUGCGGCACUGCGCCAAGCCGAAUGACGCGCCGCGUGUCAUCGAGUGUCACCCAGCACGCCUCAACACAUUGCAGAAUGCGAAUAUGAUCUCCUUCGUCGCGUCUUGCGACCACACGAGCAUGGCUCGGCUAGGACUUGAAACCAAGGAAACACACCAACUCCGAUAUUUUGCUGAAGAAACUGCACGAGUGCUGUAAACCCAGUGGUCGCGGCCUGCGUCAAGAAGCUCGCAUGGCCGCGCGUCUCGG